UUCAUUGGAAUGCACUACCGGAAGUACAGGGCAACUUUUUUUACUUUUUUCUUUUAUUCUUUCUUUCAUUCUAAUCCAUUUUGUUCAUCAGCUGAUCUCUGCCGUUUGUUAUGUGAAACAAGGAGGCUAAUUGUUACUUUACUCAAGAUCCGACAAGGUGAAACUUUAAUUGUUGCCUUACGUCUGAAGCAUCUGUCUUCCCAACCUAAAUCAACUCCGGAUGGCACACACAGCUCCACUUUGGACCGUAUACGGGCAGAACUAAUUGCGGAUAAAGAGAAAUUAAAAUGGCGAAAGCCGAUUGGCGAAAGGCCUGGUGAUUGGAAUAGUAAACUUAAAGUAUUCGAGAAUUCAGAACAAACCUCCGAUUAUAUCAUCGCUAUGCAGAAACCGAUUAAUCUUGGACCAAGGGCACUUAAAGAGUGGUGGCGAAAACGGAAUGAACGUUUGGAGAAACAUAUGCAGCAAUAUAUUCCAGAACGACAUGAAAUACUCGGCCCGGAGCUAGCCGCGGCGCACUUCUUACUGUAUCGAGGGGGUGCUGUAAAAUUUUUAAACGAACGGGGCUGGAUGCGUGCCAACGAAGAUAGAGAGUUCAACUUGCCAAAGAAAUAUCACCCAGCAUUUAAAGUUGAGGCUUUACGAUGCGAUAAUAUGACGCUUUAUUAUGAAGGAUUAGAGAAUUUGCGUAAUUUAGAAGAGUUAAAAUUCUUAUCAUUGCACAAUGUUCCUACUUUUGAUGAUUGGUGCCUAGAUCGGGUGUCUGGUUCGGGAUAUACAAAACUAGAAGUUUUAGAUAUAUCGGGUACAAGUUGCACAGUGAAUGGACUUUCGUGUUUGUACCGCAUACCAACGCUGAAGUUACUAAUUGUAGACGAUCCCAAAGCAACGUUGGAGUACGAGCUGGCAUAUUCGAUGUUACAGGAAGUAAUACCCAAUUUGAAAAUUGUCAGUGCUUCAUCCAUACACGAUUUAAAGACGAAUUGAUUUAUAAUUCAAAGUUUUGUUUAGCAGCGAGUUACUAAAAUUAAUAUAGAAAAACAACUUUAAAAACCUUUACAUAUA